GUAUUUAUACGAUUCAAGUUGUUUUCGAUUGAUGAAUUUUAUUCUUUUGUGUUGAUCGCAUGAGCAGACAAAAGUUCUAUUGAGUUUUUAUAUUCGUUGUAAUUCACUAACAUGUUCUCAAUAGUAGAUUUCUACGGAAAACAGUCCAAUUAUAGUUGUGGAUAUUGUAAACAGUCAAAUUCCUGCCAGUCCCAUGGUAUGUGGGCUCACACAAUGACGGUGCAGGACUACCAAAGCCUGAUUGAUCGGGGCUGGCGCCGAUCCGGCUGCUAUUGCUACAAGCCUGAAAUGAGCACCACUUGCUGUCCGUCUUACACGAUAAAGUGCAAUGCGAUCGAUUUUCGGUUGAACAAGUCUCACAAAAAGAUUAUUAAACGGGUCAAUAAAUUUUUGAAAGAUGGAGUCCGGCCAAAAGAUGAAUUCACUGAAGCUGGGACGAGUGACGGUGAUGAUGGACUCUUUGGCGGAGAAAUGGAAAUGGCUGAGGUUGCUCGAAAUCCACGGAGAGAGCUGAAUGUGAAUACUUUGAAUUCCAUCCGCGCAGCAAAUAAGACACCGACGGAGGAUGUAGUUGACGGUGUUUGCAUGGGCAAGGGUCCAACCCCAGCCGCAACCAUUAAUAAAUUGGGCCUAUCCAGUGAAUCAUCGAUUGAAGGAAUGAAAGUGCCGUUAAAGAAGGCAAAACUUCUUAGGAUCGAAAGGAAGCGAGAAAAGCUGAUUCAAAGAGGUCUCAGCUCUGAGGAUGUUGAGCGAAAAAUGAUAAGUGAAAAAAGGAAGAACGUCGAGAAGAGCUUGGAAGAUUUUUUGGACGAAGCUCCGAAGGAAUCGGAAGGUGCUGCUCAUCGUUUGAAGCUCGUCACCAUUUGCACCAAAACUGACGAGUUCAAGCGAAGUCUCGAGACCUCCUUUGAUCUGUACAAGAAAUAUCAGACCGAAGUGCACAACGAUUCGCCCCAAACGAUCGAUGAUUAUAAGGAUUUUUUGGUCAAGUCACCGCUUAAGUUUACCACUGGACAAAACACUCCGAGCUGUGGUCUGGGUUCGUUUCACCAGCAAUACUGGUUGGAUGACCGCCUGAUUGCCGUGGGGGUCAUCGAUAUACUGCCAAACUGUGUCAGCUCUGUUUACUUUUUUUACGAUCCGGAGUUCCGGUUUCUGUCGCUAGGAACAUAUGGUUCAUUAAAGGAAAUCGCUUUUACGCGUAAACUGCAACAGCAGACAGCUAGCAUUUCCAACUAUUACAUGGGAUUCUACAUCCAUUCAUGUCCAAAGAUGCGCUACAAGAGCAAUCUUAGUCCGUCCUAUUUGCUCUGUCCGGAGGUGUACAGUUGGCAUCUACUCGACCAGCAGAUCAAUGAGAAGUUGGAGAGAAGCAAGUAUUGCCGUCUCAACGAAGAUCCCAGAGCUGUCGAUCAGUACAGUUUGACACCACGGGAUCUGCUUAAUGUGUUAAUACUAGUUGGUGGUUCGUACAUGCGUUACUCGUCGUAUAUGGAAAUGAUGGAUGAGACUGAACCUAAGGAGAAAGUGGAGACGUACUCGAAAUUAGUUGGAAAGGCUUGCGCAUCGCGUAUGCUGCUGUACGAAGGGUAGAAUGUGGCGGGUGUACUUAUGUACUAUCGGUCAAUUAUUACGUGGCAGUAUAAUUUGAUUGUUAAUUAGCUAUAUAUACUCAGCGUUUGAUAGCAGCAUUAUUUAAGACUUAGAAAUUGAAAUGAAUAUGUAGAUAUGCUUCUCUGUAAUUCGAGGUUCCUUGUAUUUAUUGCCGAAAUAAAAUUAAUAAUCACAUCGCUGAUAGCUGCUGUGCUUUCUACUCAGCGGAAUAGGUGUCACCAUUUUUCUACCGCUCCGCUCCGAGCGGCACAAUCAGGAGGCAGC